UGUGCUGUCAUAAUUGACAUUUGUUGUUUCAUAAUUUUUUUAUUGAUUACAUUAAAUUCAAUUAAUAAAUAUUAAAUACGUAGGUAGAGCGGUAGCUCGUACAGAAUAGACUAUUUCUUUAUGAUAUAUAUUAGUAAUCAUAAAUGAAGAAGUGGUUUUGAACAUUAGAAAUGAAUUUGUAUCCAGUAGACAUGCUGUACCUCGAAUCGAAGUGAAACCUAAUUAGAAUCUGACGAAUACAAUACUUUCCCACAAUAUAUUCUGAUCAUGGCUGUUGUAAAGACUCCUGUAUUAAAAGUGAUUUUAUGUGGUGAAUACGGUGUCGGCAAAAGUUCAAUUUUUCGGCGGUUUAUUAACAAUACAUUUCUGCCGAAUUCGGACCGAAGGUCGACGUUAGGUCUGGAUCAUUUCGAGAAGUUAUACCAAGUUGGUGACAAAGAAGUCAAGCUACAGCUCUGGGAUACUGGUGGUAUGGAAAGAAUAGCAUCAGUUACUUCAAGCUAUUACAAAUAUGCUGAGGCGGCUAUAUUAGUAUUUUCUCUGGACAAUGCAUCCUCAUUUCAUGUGCUGAGCCAACAUUUAUUGGACAUUGUGACCUAUGCAGAGAAUGCUAAAAUUUUUUUAUGUGGAAACAAAUCUGAUUUAGAAGGAUCAUGCCCUCAAGUUACAGAUUCAGACAUAGAAAAUUUUUGUGAACAGUGCCACAACUUAAUUAGUACUACAUACAAGACAUCCUGCAAAACUGGUCACGGCUUAGAGGAAAUGUUUUCUGAUAUUGCUCAUCAAUUGGUAGAGUCCAACAGAUCCAGGAUUGAGCUUCAACGAUUGGAUCACAACAGUUUCAAGAUAUCUCAACCUGAACCACCAGAGGAACCAUCCUGUAGCUGUUGAUGUAACUUUUUUUUAUUUUUUCUCUAUUUUUUACUUUGAAUUAAACUCAUAAAGUUUAUUUCAAUUGAAAAUAUCACUCUACAUUUGAAAGAUUAACACCAGUAGGCCUGCAGCGACAACAUACUUUAAUACAUAUUGUCAACCAAUAGCAGAAGAUUUAAAAAAAAUUGCACAUUAUUGGUUGACAAGAGAUUAGUCACAAAAUAUUUAUGGGGGCAUCCUAGGCCUAUUGAAAGACUGUCUAAUUAUGAGCCACUUUAAUUUAGUCAAUAUUUUUUCAUUAAUUUUAAUUAAUUGUACAGAGGAAUCUUAUAUUUUUAAUUGUUUAUUAUAAUAUCAUUAAUAAUAUUUGAUAAAUAUACCAGUUUUACUUAAUAGGACUUGUGAACAACACAUUUUAUAAGUUAAAUAAUAAUAAUUGUAGUGUACUGUAUAGCUUAAGCUAAAUAUUUUGUUAUGGCCUUUGCUGUAUUUAAAUACUUGUAAUUUGUAAUGUAUGUAGACAAUAUAAUAAAUUAUAAUGUGUGAGUUUUUAAAGUAUAGUAUUGACAUGUAAGAUAUAUUAAGUAUUAAGUAUUGUUAUAAAAGACUUAUUUUAUGAUUCCAAAAUUGAAAUAGUGGUGCUAAUUUUGUUGUUCAUAAGUAUAGUGUGCACCAUACUUUGAGUCCGCUCUAACAAAAUGCUGUACUGCAUAGCUGUUGUAACACAGCUAGGAUAUGUUUUUUAAACACUGUGCAGCAAUACAAAUCUGUUUUUGAGACUUGAAUCUGGCACAUACUAUACUAAGCUAUACUUUACCAAGUAUGGUUCAUAAGUAUAAAGUAAACGCAUGUACUCAGAGACACAAUUAUCCACCCACUUUAAUAUGACGCGAGUAUAUUAAAGUGGCGGAUAAUUGUGGUUCUUAAUAUAUUUAUAUGUUAUAUUAUUAAUUACAUUCAUAUCAGUCGCCCUGCUUUAACCAAACUCCAUUUGAGUACACAACCUAUAAGUCAGCAAUUGAAAACUUUUUCAAUUAGCUUAUAGAAACACAUCAUUAGUCUGAUUUAGUUUAUAAUUAAUUUACAACAAAAUAGCACCAAUGCCUUGUGUAACAGAAUUUCUAGCAAUAGCACAAACUGUUUGAUUUUGAAAUUGAGAAAUUACUUAUUACAUAUCAUUACAUAGAUAACUAUGCAGAAAUAAGCCUAUGUAUAUGCUUAAUGUUUCAGUUGUCUAGAUUUCUGAGAAUUAAAGUCCAAUUAAUUUUAUUAAUUACAUCUUUAUACAAUAUCUUGCAUUGUGCAGUUAUUUCAGCAACAAUGAUGGUCAAUAAAAAUAAAAACUAAAAUGUUUUAUGUUUGUAUAUUAAUUAUAUUAAUUAACACCUAUUAUUAACCUGUGAAACUUCAUUUUAAAUUAAGUAAAUUGUUAAGGUACGAAAAAUGUUUCACACACUUCUUGCUCAAAAACAAAUUCAGCAAUACGCCGGAAUAUUGGAUGGACAACUUAAACUUGUGGUUUUUUGAAGUAUGGAAUCCUUAAAAUAAGUCAGACACUAAUUAGUAUUGUAAUUAAUGUACCUAAAUGACAUUUAAAAUUAAUAAUAAAGCAUGAAUCUCCUUUUAAUGUAGCUUUAACAAGCAUUUCAUAACUCUUCUACAGAUAAUCUUUUAAUUUUAUUUUAAUCUAAUUACCUUAUGUCUAUCUAUACAGAGGCAGAAUUAUCCAAGUAUAAGUUUAUUAAAGUGUGCGGAUAAUUGUGCUUCUGAGUAUAUUAUGUUAUGUUAUUUAUUUAUGUACUGAGUACAUUCUACUUUUAAGUAUAUCAUUAACUUUGAUUGACCCAACGAACAACCUAGUGGAUUUCCAUGAUAUAAUAAUUGAUAGAGACCUUAUUUUGUUAUGAACAAAGUACAGAAUUUAAGUACUUACCUACUUAUUAGUUUUAUUUUUGUAAUUUGCCUACUUUUUGUGACUCCUGUGUGAUGGUUAAUGUGUCUAAUGUAUUUAAUUAUUUGAUUAUUAUUGCCAUUAUGCUUGUAUAAAAAUAAUGCCAGGAAGUUUAUAAUAUCAAUAACAAUUAUUAAAUUAUAUUAGAUAACAGAAGUAUGCAGGUUUUGCUAUUACUUUUUUUAAAUAUGUUAUUUAAAUCAAGCUAUUUUAAAUUCUUCAAAAUAGUUCUCUGUAAAAAGUCAGUACCUAUACUAAGCAAAACUAUUAUACUACAUACCUACACUACAGUCUUUCUAAAGGUGCUAUGUAGGUAUGUUUUCUGUGGAUGGUUAAGUAUUUUUUACUAAAUAAUUUUAUCCAAAUUUCGCAAAUUAAAUGUUAGCAAGCGGGUUUUUUUAAACAAACUUAUAUGUAAUAUAUUUUCAAACAAUAUAAGAAAUAAUGCUUAGAAAGAAUAAAAUUUUCGAUUGCAAAUGUAAGAUCUAAUUGAACAUUAAUAAUCAUACCUAAUAUGGAUAUCAGUUUUAUGCUCAUCAUAUUAUAUAAACCAGCGAUGUUUUUCAACUGUAUAAUGCCUAGAUUUUACAAUUAUUUAUUCAAAAAUAAAUGUAUUGAAAAUAUA